AUGCCUGGAGUUCCCAUCGACGCUCUGGACAAUCUCAAGUCCAAGUUCAAGGCCAUCUUCAAGAAGAAGAAGGCCGACAAGAAAGCAGACGCCCCUAAGCCCGCCGAGUCCAAGCCCGCCGAGACUCCUGCCGCCACCACUACCCCGGCUACCGAGCCCACCAAGACCGACGCAGCUCCCGCCGCUGCCCCGGCCACCGAACCUGCUGCUCCUGCCCCUGCUCCCGCUGCCGCUGCUGAGCCGGCCAAGGCCCCCGAGCCCGAAGCCAAGAAGGACGAUGCCCCGGCCACUACCGAGCCCGCUAAGGCUCCCGAGCCUGCUCCUGCCGCCCCCGUUGCUCCUGCAGUAGCCACCGAGGCCCCCAAGGCGCCUGAGCCUGCCAAGACCGAGACUCCCGCUACCGCUGCCCCGGCCGCUGCCCCUGCUGCCGCCCCUGCUGCCGCCCCCACCGAGGCCGCCAAGCCUGAAGAGGAGCCGGCCGAGGAGAAGAAGGAGGCCACCGCCGCUUAG